AUUUAGCCGUUUGUUGCUUUGUUAUAGAAAAAAUCUUUGUCUUUAAAUCAUGUCUUCAUCAACAACAUCAUGUGGUUUGUCAUGGCUUGGCUAUCCAAAAUAUCUGCAACGAUUUGCAACCACACGAUCUUUCAUUCUGGUGUAUGGAAUUUUGGGGAUAUUUCAAGCUAUGGGCUACAUAUAUUUUAUCAUAACUCUUCAGACAAUGGAGAAAAGAUUUAAAAUUCCAAGUCAAACGACAGGACUUAUUUUAAGUGGAAACGAGCUAUCACAAAUUCUUUUAUCAGUGAUAUUGGCUUACUUUGGAGGACAAAGAAAUAGGCCAAGAUUCAUAGCAUGGGGCGUCAUAUUUUGUUCUCUUUCAUGUUUUAUCCUUGCACUUCCCCAUUUUAUCUACGGUCCAGGAGAAGACGCUUUGAGACUGACAAAGGAGUUUAUGGAAUCUUCAAAUAGUACAAUUUUGGAUAAUUCAGCUGUUGAUAAACAUUUUCGUGAAUCAAAUCGAUUAUGUUUAGAAGGACCAAUGGAGCAUGAAUGCAAUGAUGAGAUUGAGUCAAUUCUUCCGCUUGUUUUAAUAUUCCUAUCACAAUUUGUAUUAGGAAUUGGUAAUACUUUAUAUUAUGCGUUAGGACAAACAUAUCUCGAUGAUAAUACAAAGAAAACAAACACUCCACUUUUAUUGAGUUAUGCUUUUUCAUUGAGAACACUUGGACCAGCUAUUGGAUUUGUAUUAGCGUAUGGUUCCCUUAAGAUGUACAUUGAUCCGUCAAAAACUCCACUUAUCGACAGUCAAGAUCCACGAUGGUUCCCAUCAGCAAUGAAAAGACUCUUCAAGAAUAAACUUUUAAUGUCCAACAUUUUGAGUGGAAUUUUUUACAUUCUUGGAGCUUCAGCUUAUUUCACUUUCAUGAGUAAAUAUUUAGAAGUUCAGUUCCAUAAAAGUGCAGCUGAUGCGACAAUUAUCACUGGACCUUUAACAAUCAUUGGCGUUGUUUGUGGCUUUCUCGCUUCGGGUUAUGUGAUAUCGAAGAAGAAGCCUAAACCAAGCAAGCUUCUUAUGUGGAAUGUUAUUGUUGGCGUUCUUUACAUGGGCGGACAAAUCUCAAAUUUAUAUUUCGCUUGUCCAGAUGGUCAAACACCGAUGCAAAUACAAAAUGGAAAACUGAAUUUAUCAUCAACUUGUAAUAUGGAUUGUCAUUGUACUGGAAUUGCUUACACUCCUGUUUGUUAUGAACCAACUGGUGACACAUUCUUUAAUCCUUGUGUUGCUGGUUGUAAUCAAUACUCAGAGGAUGAGAAGUUUUAUCACGAAUGCGAAUGUUUGAGAAAUCUUCAGAGAACUACAAGAUCACCAACAACAUCAACAACAUUGUCUUUGAUUCAUUCGUCUACAUUGGAUGUUUUAACUACUCGAACAUCUUCGUUAUUAACAACAGAAUCACUCACUGAAGAAACAACACGACAAAGUUCAUCGUCUACAACACCUUCAUUUACUCAAACUCAAACGAAUAACAUUUCAGACUUAAUUGUUCUUGCGAAACAAGAAAUGAAGCAAGAUUUCCAAGACGAAGUUGAAAUGAUAAAUGUUGAGACUGAAGAUAGAAAGGAAUUGAAAGAUGAAGUGAAAAAUAUUGAAGAUGAAGAAGAAGAUUAUGACGAUUAUGCAAUUGAAGAAGAAAAUUUAGUUAAGGAGUCAAAAUAUCGUGAGAAACGGGAAGAACCUGAAGAUAUUUGGGGAAAACUUGUGCCAGGUGCAUGUGUCAAAGGAUGUGCUUUUGGUUUUUACGCUUUCUCAAUCGUCUCAUCAAUAAUCAACUGCUUCGGCGCUUCAGGUCGUAUUGGAAAUCUUUUAGUUAAUUAUCGUUGUGUUAGCAAUCAAGAUAAAAGUGUUACUCAGGGACUGAUUUUAAUGUUGGUCAGUUUGUUCGCACUCAUUCCUGGUCCAAUAAUGUUUGGUAGAAUAAUUGAUCAAACGUGUCUUGUAUGGACGGAGCAAUGUUCUGGGCGAAGAGGAAAUUGUCAACUUUAUGAUCAAAGACUCUUUCGUUAUUACAUCAAUCUUACGGCGUUAGCUCUUACAAGCAUUGGAGUCUUCUUCGACAUUCUUGUGUGGAAAUAUGGAAAGAAUUUGGAUCUUUACGGCGAAAGAGAGCAAGAAAUGCUACAGAGAAAGCAGAAAGAAGCUAGAAAUGGAAGAAAUCAGUUAUGGAACGAAAUCAUAGGAACAAAUGCCUUAACAAUGCGCAGACUUCCCUUAAUAAUCCAAAAUUGGGAGCUUAAUUGUAACGACAUUCUUCAAAUUAAUCGAAAUGUUCAUACAAUUAUUGUGGAAAAUUCAGAAGUAGAUGAUGCUCUUACACAAAGUAUCAUAAACAACUCCUAUUAUGUGCAACACUUCCUGAUAAUGAAUAUGCUUAUGAUGCGCAAUGAACUCACAAAAAUCUUCAACUCUUUAAAAAAGUGUGAAAAACUAACUGUUCUUGGAAACAUUGUUGCUGAUAAUUCACAUACGGUAACAGAUCCUAUCCAUGGCCCUAAAAUGUUGAAAUUGCUGUCGUUGAAAUUUUGUGACUACGGUAUUGUGGAGUUUUUAAUAGAUUCUAAAGUUCAAGUUCGCAACUUAAUAUUGGAGGAAGAUAAAUUUUAUGAGAAUGAAAUGAAAGAUUUAAAAUGUUUUCUUACAUUACAAACAUGUCUAGAAAGUUUGGCCAUUUCUUAUUUCAAUACGAAUGUUAUUAAAAUGAUUGUUAAUAAUAACACUCAAUGUCCAUUGAAAAAACUGAUAGCAAUUUGGCCAUAUAGCCAAAGAACUAAUGCCGAAGAAAACUAUUUCUUUAUACUUUUGAAUAAGCACAGAUCCACAAUUGAAGAGCUAGAAAUUGUAAACUUGAUGAACGACGAUAUCCUUCAUCUUAUCUUCAAUGAAUUAAAACUUAAAAAAUUGAGCAUCGGCUUUGAAAAUUUGGAUCAUUUUAUUUUCAAUGAAAUAAUUCGUAGGAAUUCAAAUUUGACCAUUUUUUCUGAACAUGUCAAAUCAUUAGUAGUCUCACCUGAAAUGAGCAUCAAUAAUAACUUGAAAGUUCUUGCUAUUAAGCGCUUCAGUCACAUUUCCUAUAUAGAAGAUCUUGUUCAAUACUUACCAGCUUUGGAAGAGUUCAUUUUAUGGUCCCAAGAAAACCUCAAAGAUAUCUUAAAAGCAGUAGCAAACAACUGCAAGCGGUUGCGCUAUUUAGAGAUUGGAUUCUACGACAGCAGCUUAUCAGUACUUCAAUUUCCAAAUCUUCAAACUUUUUGUGUUCAGAGAUCUGAAAAUCUCGAUGUGAUGAGUUGGAAAUCUUUUCUGAUCAACAAUCCUUCAAUUGAAAAUGUCCAUUUAGGAAGAAUAUUCCAAAAAGAUUUGUUGAAAAAGAUGACACUUAAAAUUCCUGGUUCCCUCAUCACACGACCACUCACUUUUAAAUGUUUGAAACUUUUUAUGUACUUUAAACUUACCACGAAGAGAUUGGAUAUGAUUAGUGAAGCUUUUCCAAAUUUAAAAGAACUGGACAUAUUUCACAAAAUAACAAAACUGGAAAUAUAUUCAAGAAUAAAUUCCCCUAACAUUAAAUUAACUUAUCACGAAUGGACAUAUAGCAAACGAUUUUCCAACAAGGAAGCAACCUUGGAGUUAUCAACUUUUUAAUUGAAAGAAAAUCUAAAUAUACAAUUGCUUGUUUGCUUGAACAUCAAUACCAAUAUGCAAAGAAAAGUGAUUGGUAAUAAAACAGACCACAAAUCUGAAAUGUAAAGCUUAACUUUUAUCUUCCUUUUUCGUUGAAGUCAUUAAUAAAAACUUUUUUUGUGUUUUCAA